GAGGAAAAACAGAGGAGACUUUUCUCACCCCCUCCCUCUCACUUUCACCACUGUUCAGCUGUCGCUGCGUUUGACUGCGUGCGCAAGUGUGUGCUUGCUUAUUGUUCAUCUUCCUAUUGUCCGUGCUCUACCACCCGCAUUAGCUACCCCUAUCCAAUGUCCAACCGCGUCAUCCUGCAGACCUUCGAUGAGUACCAGAAGGCGCGCGUGAAGUUCGUGCAGACGAUCGCCGACCUGGCGUCGAAGCCGGCCAACAUCGAGCCGCUGCAGCAGGCCGGCAUCAUGCAGCUGCUGCGCCCCCUCCUGCUGGACAGCGUCCCGUCUGUCCAGCAGUCCGCUGCACUCGCCAUCGGUCGUCUCGCCAACUUCAGUGAGGAGAUGGCCGAGAACGUCGUCUCGGGUGAUGUCCUUACGCAGCUGGUGUACUCGCUGGGCGAUCAAAAUCGGUUUUACAAGAAGUCCGCCGCGUUCGUGCUGCGCAGCGUGGCCCGUCACUCCCCCCAGUUGGCGCAGGCGGUGGUGGACAGCCAGGCGGUGGAGGCGCUCGUGGGCUGCCUGGAGGAGUUCGAUCCGACGGUGAAGGAGAGCGCGGCGUGGGCCCUCGGCUACGUCGCCCGCCACAACGCCGACCUCGCACAGGAGGUGGUGGACAAGGGGGCGGUGCCGCCGUUGGUGCUGUGCGUGCAGGAGCCGGAGCUGUCCUUGAAGCGUGUGGCGGCCUCGACGCUGGGCGACAUCGCGAAGCACAGCCCCGAGCUGGCGCAGUCGGUUGUCGACCAGGACGCCAUCACCCACCUCGCCCCUCUCAUCACGAGCAGCGAUGCGAAGCUGAAGCGGCAGGUGUGCCAGUGUCUCGCGCAGAUCGCGAAGCACAGCGUGGAGCUGGCUGAGUUGGUUGUGGAGGGCGAGAUCUUUCCCAAGAUAUUCCUCUUGCUGGCGGACAGCGACGAGGUGGUGCAGAAGAACGCGGCGACGUGCAUCCGCGAGAUCGCGAAGCACACGCCGGAGCUGGCGCAGCUGGUGGUGAACGCCGGCGGCGUGGGUGCCCUCGUCGAGUACGCGAGCACCACCAAGGGCAGCACGCGUCUGCCUGGUAUUAUGACCCUCGGCUACCUCGCCGCCUUCUCCGAGACGCUCGCGCUGGCCGUCAUCGUGGCCCACGGCAUUGCCCCCCUCGUGGAUGCGCUGGAGAAGGAGAAGGAGGACCACAUUCGUGCCGCGGCGGCGUGGUCGCUUGGCCAGCUGGGCCGCCACAGCGCUGACCACGCCAAGUCCGUCGCCGACUGCAACGUGCUGCCCCGCCUGCUCGACGCCUACCUCAACCCGAACAGCUCUGACGAUCUGCAGACGAAGAGCAAGCGGGCGCUGAAGGCGAUCAUUCAGCACUGCGUCUACCUCCCCGCCUUAGAGCCACUGCUGCACCCCGACGCGCCGCAGGACGUGCUGAAGUACGUGUGUGCGCAGUACGCGAAGGUGCUGCCGACCGAUGUCGCUGCAAAGCGGGAGUUUGUGGCGAACCGCGGCCUGGCCACGACUCAGCGCAUCAAGACGGAGCCUGGUAGCACGCUGGCGGAGUCGAUCCAGACUAUCAACAGCUGCUUCCCGCCGGAGAUUGUGGAGUACUACUCCCCUGAGUACGCGCAGACCUUUAUAGAGAAGAUUGAGAACUACCACGUCCAGCAGCAUUGA